CUGGACCUGGAGGAGCUAUUCACCACACACCAAUUUAAUGAUCACGACUCAGACUGUCCUACAUAAGGAACGGCACGGAUGAUGCGUUUUGCGCAGCAGCCAUUCAAUGAAAGAAGAGACGCGCAAACGAAGAGAUGGGCACCGUUCCUGGACUUCUACCUUCUACCUUUUCAUGGGGAAAAUGUUGUCAUCACAGCGUGCUGGUUGUACCUGUAAUAGUGGCGGUUCUGCUCCAGCUUUGCGCAGCUUUUAACUUAGACACAGAGAAACGCGUCGUCUUUACCGGACCACAGGGAAGUUAUUUCGGUUAUUCUGUGGAGUUCUUCACUAACUCAUCCAGUAUCAGCAUUUUGAUCGGCGCUCCAAAAGCCAACACCAGCCAGCCCAACAUCAGCGAAGGAGGAGCUGUGUACUCGUGCCCCUGGAGCCAAACUAACUGCAGCAUUAUCGACUUUGACAAGCAAGGUGAUCAGUAUGUUGAUGUAAAUGGCGUGAAAACUCAGGUUGAGUUCAAGUCCCAUCAAUUGUUUGGAGCUACUGUGCGUUCCCAUGGCAACAGUGUCCUGGCCUGUGCUCCAAGGUAUUACUGGAGGACCGAACACGACAUACCCUUCGCUGAUGUUACAGGAACCUGCUACCUCUCUGUAGACGGUCUCAAAACGUUUGUGGAGUACGCCCCCUGUCGAACAGAAAGACAUGGACCUGCUGGACAGGGAUAUUGUCAGGGGGGAUUUAGUGCUGACUUCACCAAGAGUGGACGGGUUGUGCUUGGAGGACCAGGCAGCUUUUACUGGCAAGGUCAGCUCAUUUCAGCCACUACAGAGGAGAUUGUGAAGGCCUACUACCCCUCUUACUUUCUUCUGUCAGUCGUCGGCCAGAUUCAGACACGACAGGCGCAGGGGAGCUAUGACGACAGUUACCUGGGUUACUCUGUGGCUAGCGGUGAGUUCAACGGGGAUGAUGAGGAAGAUUUCAUCACAGGAGUUCCGAAAGGCCUCAUGCUGUAUGGUUUAGUGUCCAUAUUAAACGGAAGUGAUCUAAAGUCUGUGCUCAACUUGACAGGAGAGCAGAUGGGGUCCUACUUUGGCUACGCAGUGGCAGCCACUGACAUCAACAGUGACGGUAUGGAUGACCUAGUGGUGGGAGCUCCAAUGUUCAUGCAUCGAGGGUCCAAUGGGCGCCUGGAGGAGCUGGGUAAGGUGUAUGUGUACCUCCAGAGGGGCCCUCUGGUGCUGGAGCCCAGUCAAUCCAACCUCCUUGGUCCGCAGGCAUUCAGCCGGUUUGGCACAUCGCUGGCUCCCUUGGGCGACCUCAAUCAAGAUGGAUUCAAUGACAUGGCCAUUGGCUGUCCCUAUGGAGGAGAUGACCAGCAGGGAUUGGUUCUUAUUUAUAAUGGUUAUACUGGAGGACUAAAGGACACACCCACCCAGACUCUUGCUGGUCAAUGGGCUUCCAGCUCUUUCCCUGCCAGUUUUGGCUUUUCUCUGCGAGGCAACAAAGAUCUGGAUCAAAACGGUUACCCAGAUCUGAUUGUUGGUGCUUUUGGGACUGACAAAGUUGUGAUGUACAGAGCUCGGCCAAUAGUGAGCGCAAGCGCCUCUCUCACAGUGCAGCCAACCAUGUUCAACCAGGAAGAGAAGACUUGCGAGCUGGACACUGAGAAUGACACCAUUGAUGUAUCCUGUGUCAGCAUCGGUUUCUGCCUGCUGGCUAAUGGGAAGCACCUCCCAUCUCAUCUAGGCUUUGUCGUGGAGGUUCAGUUGGACAGUGUGAAGCAGAACCAGAAAGAGUCCAUCAGGAGGACUCUGUUCCUAGACAGCCAGCAGCCCAGUCUGGUGAAGACCCUCAACCUCACCAUUGGAGAACGCUCAUGCCAUGAAGCUAAGAUCUAUCUCCGGGGUGAAGAGGAGUUUCGGGAUAAACUCUCUCCCAUUUACAUCAGCCUGAACUUUAGUCUGGAUCCUCAAGCCCCAGUGGACCAGCAUGGUCUCAGACCUAUCCUGAACUAUCAGACAGAGCAGUUUAUUCAACAGAAGGCCCAGAUUCAGCUCGAUUGUGGAGAGGAUAACAUCUGUGUCCCUGACCUGAAGUUGGCUGUUUAUGGUGACAGAACGGAGGUUUACCUGGGUGAUGAAAACUCCUUGAGCCUGACGUUCAAUGCCAAGAACGAGGGGGAGGGAGGGGCGUACGAGGCCGAGCUCUACGUGGUGCUUCCCCCGGAGGCCGACUACAGCGGGAUAGCGCGCAACAAUGUGAGCCUGACUCAGCUGACGUGCAGCUAUGAGGCAGAAAACCAGACCCGCUACAUUGUGUGUGAUCUGGGAAACCCCAUGAAGCCUGGUACCAGUUUAUGGGCUGGCCUCCGCUUCACUGUGCCAAGACUGAAGGACACUCACAACACCGUGCAGUUUGAGCUCCAAAUACGAAGUAAAAAUGCGAAUAACUCAGAGAGUGAAGUGGUGCAGUACGAGCUGGACGUGGCUGCGAUGGCUGAUGUCAUUCUCCAGGGCGUUUCUCGACCAGACAAAGUCAUCUUUCCCACUCCCAACUGGAGUCAGAGUCAGAGUCUGAUGGAAGAGCAGGACGUUGGCCCUGAGCUUCAGCAGGUCUAUGAGUUGGUGAAUAAUGGUCCCAGUGUAGUCAGUCAGUCCACAUUAGAGGUGAGAUGUCCUCUGAGGGCUCACAACCACGAGCUACUCUACCCAGUGGAGGUGGUCACCGAGGGGCCGCUCCGAUGCUCGUCCAAUCACACCUUCAACGCACUUAAACUCAAGCUCCAGCCUCCAGCAGCACACAGUCCCACGUCACUGAAAUCCAACCCUGAGCACCACAUCCAGAGGAGGGAGGUGUACAGAGAUCCUCUGGCUGAACAUGGAAACCUGAGCUGCUCUGCAGUGGAGUGCUGGCAGCUGCAGUGUAAUGUUGGGCUGUUGGAGAAAGGAGCCAGUGUUAUACUGAGUGUUCGCUCCAGGCUCUGGGCUGAAACCUUCAUGGAGAGGCCUCAUAAGCAGUUUGUUCUUGAGUGCUCUGUUCAGUACAAGGUGGACAGGAUGCCUUAUUCUAUUCUUCCCAAAUCCAAACCAUCGGGAUCCAAAAAGGUGGUGACGGCUGUGAUGUGGAACAAGCCGGACAGUCUGUUCUAUGUUCCUGUGUGGAUCAUUAUCCUGGCUGUUCUAGCUGGACUGCUAUUACUCUCCCUGCUCAUAUAUCUACUGUACAAGAUGGGCUUCUUUAAAAGGUCAGAUCCGUACGGUACGACCAUGGAGAAGGCCCUGCUCAAACCCCAGGCGUCCUCUGAAGCCUAGCUCCGACACGGAGCCUCCCCCUGCAACUGCAGCUGUUCCACAGAACUGGAAGUAUCGUCACAUUCCUAAAGAACAAAAACUCAUGCUCAUGAUAAGCAGGCAACCCAUUGAUAAAGGGACAAAUAUGGGUGCUGCAUCACUGGAACACAUCAUAUCUGGUGCUGCACUAAAAAUGCCCAAAGCAGGGAAAGACUACGAGGGUCACGCAGUUGAAUAUGCACUGCUGGUUUGGACAUUAAUUUAUGCAAUCAGAGCAGGAUUUAUAAAGCUUCUGCAAGAAAAAAAGCAACAAGGACCUGAUGCUUAGACGCUGAUCCCUGUGGAAAAAUCUUCGGAAAAUAGUCAUCGGCGUGUUGAACAGGAAAAGAUUAGGAUUUAACAGCCUGUAUCAGUCCAGGAAAACAAACGCACCUCCAACAAAAGGCACUAAUUCUACGGUAUUCCUGCAUUCUUUAAAAAAAAAGGUGUAUCUGAAGCCAUAUUUGCAAUCUCAGUGUUUGAUAUUUUCUUGAGGUUUUCCUGCUUUUGUACGUUCUAUACACCAAUUGUUAUUUAUGGCACAGUGAUUUCCUAUUGAUUAUUGAAUGUUGUACUGUACUGUCUGCAGGACAAUCCUGAUCGAACUGCAACGUUUAACUUGAAUUAUUCCUCUCCCAUAUUGGGAGGUAUUUUGCGUAUGAUGUCAUGUAUGUAAUGUAUUCAUUGUGUUAUGACCCAUUGGUGUUGUGGCCCAGAAUAAAGCCUAAUUUUGUAUACUCACCCCAAAAUGUGGAUGUGCCAGCGGGAAACCGAGGUUAAACAAAAGCCCUGCUAUUGACAUGAGUUGAUGUAUGUGGGUGAUGGAGAAGUACAAUGGAGAACAUCACAAAGACCCAGCUACCACAAGAUAAACAUGACAGAAUCCAGAUGUCGAGUCUUUUGAAUUGAUUCACUUUUUCACAAUGUGUAAAAAAAACAAAA